AUGUGUGUGACGGCUCUUGUCUCGGUCUUUGGCCUCGGUUCUGCGGGACCCAAUGAGCAUUCAGCAGGGCCUGACCCGAUCGACGCCGCGCAUCCCCGCUUGGACAUCAACUGGACGGAGCAGAGCGUGAACUCACAUAAAACUAAAGCGGAGCGCAAUGAAAUUCUCGAGAGCAAGCUGGUGCUGACAAAGCUGGUGGUGCUCAAUCGCCACGGUCACCGUGCACCGAACGCACCCUUCUGGAAGAUGUGCCCCAACGACAUAAAGAGCAGGAAGCGCUACGACGUCGGUGCAGAGGACUUGACUGGGCUCGGCAUGGAGGAAGAGUACAACUUCGGCCAGUUUCUGCGAGACACCUACCGCGACUUUAUUGGCAACAAGUUCAACCGUACGCUGCACUACCUCCGCGCUGUUGGCGAGCCGCGCAUCUUGCAGUCGGCGAUGGCGGUGGCCCAAGGGAUCUUCCCAGACGGAUUCGGCCCGGGCGGCUACUUGCCAUCGCGGCCACAGUUUGUGCCCAUCUUCUCCGAUAUGGAUACGCAUGAGUAUCUACUCGAUAACGUGCCAUGUUUCCGGCGGGCUGAGAACGACUCGCAUCAGUGGGUCGACAAGCACUUUAAGGACUUCAUCAAUGACCCUAGCACGAGCCGUGUGCUGAGCAUGAUAAAGAAAGUGUGCGGUGAGUACACCGGCAAGGCGGGAGCCUACGCCUACAUCAAGACUGUGGCAGACGGUCUCACGUUCAACAGCGACUUCGGUCUGAAGGUGGCGAAGGGCAAGCUGGCACCACAGAUGCUGUUCAGCAUUCGCAACAUCUCGCUGCAGCUCCUCAUGCAGCGCCUGUAUGGCACAGACGAGCAACAGACGUACAUGGCAGCUGACCUCCCCCGCAGCAUCCUGCAGACACUUAGCCAUACCCACCUCGGAGAGACCCCCGAGCAGCUGAACGACUUCACUGACACACGGCAGGAGUCCACCUUCUACUUUAUGCACCGCGAAGCCCUCUACGCCCUCGCGCAGUUUUUUGGAUUUCAGUACAGCGUGCCUGGGUUGCCGCCAGGUGAGGUGCCCGUGGCGACUUCCAUCAUCAUGGAGAAACUCGCGCUACAUCGCGACCAGGACUCUCACAACGCCUCCACAUACGUCCGCAUGACGCUCUGGACGCCGUACAACGGCAUCUACACGAUACCUAUCCCCACCUGUCGCAUUCCUGAGCUGUGUGAGCUGAAGGAACUGCGGCACAUCUACAACACCCGUGUGGAGCGCACGGGUACAUGGGAGCAGCUGUGCCACUACACACCGCAGGAAAUCGACCACACGACAGACAUUCGUUGA